AUGUCCAGAAGGACUUGGUCUAAGCUUCCACUUGCCCGCAUUGCCUACCUGGCAAUAUCUUUCUCGAUUUGUAACAGUAAUCCCAUUCCAGGUCCGCCGAUAGAAGGAAGUUCAGAAUGGGUGCCUGGUGGGCACAUCCACGAGGGACUCCAAACCCGCCUUGAAGAAACUUUUGGAUUUAAUCCGGAUUCAUGGCAUGAUUGGAGCAUGGAACCUCAUAAUGAGUUUGACUGGACAGGUCCAUCUCAGCUCAUGCCCUCGCAAGCUCAGAUCAAUCGAAAUAUAGGUAAAAUUACAUUCUUGCUACCUCAAGAUUGUGCAGCUGAACAUUUGAGCUAA